AUGGCUGAUAUUGAAGCGAAAAAAGCAGAAAAUGUACCAAUUUUAGAACGUAAAAGAGCACCAAAUAGAUUUUUCGUUGAAGAAGCAAUCAAUGAUGACAAUUCAGUAGUGACAUUACAUCCAGAUGCCAUGACUGCACUUGAAUUAUUUAGAGGUGAUACGCUAUUGAUAAAGGGCAAGAAGCGUAGAGACACUGUGUGCAUUGUAUUGAUGGACAAUAGUGUCGAUCCAUCCAAGAUCCGUAUGAACAAGGUUAUUCGUAACAACCUUCGUGUUCGUCUUGGUGACAUGAUUUCCGUUCACCAAUGCUCUGACGUUAAAUAUGGCAAGCGUAUUCACGUGUUGCCAAUCGACGACACGAUCGAAGGUCUCUCGGGCAACUUGUUUGACCUCUACCUCAAGCCCUAUUUCCUCGAGGCCUACCGUCCAGUCCGCAAGGGUGACUUGUUCCUCGUGCGUGGUGGUAUGCGUGCCGUCGAGUUCAAGGUGGUCGAAUGUGACCCCGGAGAAUACUGUAUCGUCGCUCCAGAGACUAUGAUUCACUGCGAGGGUGAGCCAGUCAAGCGUGAAGACGAGGACCGUCUUGACGAGGUUGGCUACGACGACAUUGGUGGUGUCCGCAAGCAAUUGGGCCAAAUCAGAGAGCUUGUCGAGUUGCCACUCCGUCACCCACAGCUUUUCAAAAACAUUGGUGUCAAGCCACCCAAGGGUAUCUUGCUCUACGGUCCACCAGGUUGUGGUAAGACCAUGAUUGCCAGAGCCGUGGCCAACGAGACUGGUGCCUUUUUCUUCCUCAUCAACGGUCCAGAGAUUAUGAGCAAGUUGGCCGGUGAGUCUGAGAGCAACCUCAGAAAGGCCUUUGAAGAGGCUGAAAAGAAUUCCCCCGCCAUCAUCUUUAUCGAUGAAAUCGAUUCGAUCGCCCCCAAGCGUGAGAAAACACAGGGUGAAGUCGAGCGUCGUAUCGUCUCGCAACUCUUGACCUUGAUGGACGGUCUCAAGAGUCGUGCCCACGUCAUUGUCAUUGGUGCCACCAAUCGUCCCAACUCUAUCGACCCAGCCCUCCGUCGUUUCGGUCGUUUCGAUCGUGAAAUUGAUAUCACUAUCCCAGACGCCACCGGUCGUCUCGAGAUUAUGCGUAUCCACACCAAAAACAUGAAGCUCGACGAGGACGUCGACCUCGAAUCCAUCUCCAACGAAACUCACGGUUACGUUGGUGCCGAUCUUGCAGCCCUCUGUACAGAGUCUGCCCUCCAAUGUAUUCGUGAAAAGAUGGACAUUAUCGAUCUCGAAGACGAAACCAUCUCGGCUGAGAUUCUCGAAUCAAUGUCGGUCACUCAGGCCCACUUUAGAACUGCCCUCGGCAUUUCUAAUCCAUCAGCUCUUCGUGAGACUGUUGUAGAGGUACCAACUACCACCUGGGAGGAUAUCGGUGGUUUGGAAGGUGUUAAGCGUGAGCUUAGAGAGACUGUUCAAUACCCAGUCGAGCACCCAGAGAAAUUUAGAAAGUUUGGUAUGCAACCAUCAAAGGGUGUGUUGUUCUAUGGCCCACCAGGCUGUGGUAAAACAUUACUAGCCAAAGCUAUCGCUUCAGAGUGCCAAGCUAAUUUCAUUUCAAUCAAGGGUCCAGAAUUACUUACCAUGUGGUUUGGAGAGUCAGAAUCAAAUGUUCGUGAACUUUUUGACAAGGCUCGUCAAGCUGCUCCAUGCGUCCUCUUUUUCGAUGAAUUGGAUUCAAUUGCCAAAUCUCGUGGUGGCAGUGCAGGUGAUGCUGGAGGUGCUGGUGAUCGUGUCAUUAAUCAAAUUUUGACUGAAAUGGAUGGUAUGGGUGUCAAGAAAAACGUCUUUAUCAUUGGUGCCACCAAUCGUCCAGAUAUCAUUGAUCCAGCCAUUCUCCGUCCAGGUCGUCUCGAUCAACUCAUCUACAUUCCACUCCCAGAUCUCCCAUCCCGUGUUGCCAUUCUCAAGGCCAAUCUCAACAAGAGUCCAGUCGCCAAGGACGUCGAUCUCGAAUUCCUCGCCCAAAAGACCCACGGUUACUCUGGUGCCGAUCUCACCGGUAUCUGUCAACGUGCCGUCAAGUUGGCCAUUCGUCAAUCCAUCGAAGCCGACAUUGAAGCCACCCGUCGUCGUCAAGAAAGUGGAGGUGAUGUCAAGAUGGAAGAUGAAGACAUUGAAGAUCCAGUCCCAGAAAUUACCCGUGAACACUUUGAGGAAUCCAUGAGAUUCUCUCGUCGUUCAGUCACUGACAAUGAUAUCCGUAAAUACGAAAUGUUUGCUCAAACCCUCGUCCAAAGUCGUGGUCUCGGUGGCAACUUCAAGUUCCCAACUGACAACGACGUCGAAAACAAUAACCAAUUCAAUCAAGAUGAAGGUGGUGAUGAUUUGUUCAGAUCUUAA